GCGUUGCCAUGGUGCCCGAGCCAUGGCGCCGGACGAGGCCUGUGCCCGGGCCCAGUGCAGUCGUGUUGGCUGUUGAAAGAGGUCCCGGUGCGAACUCGUUCAAACACACCUUAGCGGGGAGUUGAUCGCGCGUCCGGCCUCGCAUCCUGGACGGCGAGUGCUUUAUAUCACCGCGUCGCCGGGCCUCGGCCUCCCGCACCCGGUAAAGUCAGCUGAGCCGCCGGAGGGUUACUCUGCGUGAACGGAGGCUACUGCCUGGGGUAUGAUAAGACCAUGACAAGUAGAUCUGAAGUAGUAGACCUAAGUAGGUCAUUGGUUUUUCGCAUGCACGAAAGCACUCCUGAAAUUAUCCGUGAUGUUCUUCUUGAGCGUGGAUGGGUGGAAUAUGAUGAAGACAUUCAGGAUGAGGAUGACUGGAAUCUGUAUUGGCGAUCUGGUUUUUCCCAUUCAGAAUAUGAGAGCAUCAUGCCUUGGCAAAGGCUGGUCCACUACCCAAACAUCGUGGGCAUUACUCGGAAGGACAACCUUGCUCGUAAUUUGAAGCGCAUGUUAGGGAUUUAUGGACCAAAUACAUAUAACUUUAGCCCUUUAGCUUUCAUCCUUCCCAACGAUUAUACCAAAUUUGUUGCUGAAUAUACCAAGGAUAAGAAAGCUAAUGGUGGAAAGCUUGGAUAUUGGAUCUGCAAGCCCGUUGAUCUCUCCCGUGGCAGAGGAAUAUUUAUAUUUCAAGAUAUUAAAGAUUUGACUUACAGCUCUUCUGUUAUAGUGCAAAAGUACAUAACCAAUCCCCUUCUCAUCUCCGGUUAUAAGUUUGACUUGCGAAUCUAUGUAUGUGUCACCAGUUUUUCCCCACUAACAGUUUACAUUUACCAAGAAGGUCUGGUGAGAUUUGGGACAGAAAAGUAUAAUCUCUCGAAUUUGGAUAAUGUGUAUGCUCAUUUAACAAAUACUAGCAUCAAUAGAUUUGGACCCUCCUAUACAAUGGAUAAAGAACGUGUUGGUUCAGGAUGUAAAUGGACAAUGAGCCAAUUUCGUGCUUUUCUUCACAGUCUGAAUAUAAACGAACAACUCAUGUGGCAAAGAAUAAGUAAUAUUGUUACAAUGACGCUGCUUACAAUUACCCCGUCCAUUCCAUCCCCUCCUAACUGCCUUGAACUAUUUGGUUUUGAUAUCCUAAUAGAUGAUAACAUAAAGCCAUGGCUGUUGGAAGUAAAUUAUAGCCCAGCAUUAAUAGUAGAGUGCAAUGCUGAUGUGUUGGUGAAGAAAGGACUAUUAUAUGACCUAAUUGAUUUGCUGAACUUCAAAGAAAUAGACACAUUGCGCCAGCGAGGUUACCCAAGACCCUGGCAAUAUAAUACGUUGUCUCGUAGCUACCCGUCCUUCUGCAUAACUAACUCGUACAAAAAUCUUUCUUCCAACACCUCUAAAAGAAGAUUUAAGAACUCUUUGAAAGAAACUUGGUCUUCCAGUAUGCACAACCAUUCCCUGUUACUCUGCAACAAAACCUGGAAUCAGUCUGCUCUGUACUACCAAAGUUGUACAAGCGAGGACCAGGCAAUGGACUCUCAAAAGCCAGAAGUGGAAAACAAAUCCCCACGCUCUAACAAAGCGCACUGCACCACUGAAGAAUGUACCAGAAGAUUACAUGGUCAAACAAGUGGAGUAUCUGCCAAUAAUUCAGAUACCAAGGAAGGCAAAAAGAAUUGCAAGGUCGCUAGACCACUGCCAAAGAAGACUUUGACUUCACAGUUGAGAGAAAAUUUAAUCAAAAGCAACCCACUUCGGGCACGGAAUCGCAUCGACAGGAUAAAGUUUCUGGAAGCACAGAAUGCACAGCCUGAUCAGUAUUUUCAUAAAAUGGGUCCGCGGUUCCCGUCAGUGAAGUUGCAGAAGUAUGACUUGGCAACUUACCCACAGUACAGCAUCUCGGAUUACGAUCAGAAGCCCAUAACCCGCAUUGGUGACUUCAUCCUGACCUUCCCAUUUAACGAGGUGACGCUGAAGGCAUCUCGGGACCCUUUAAACAUAAGGGUGAUAAUGCAGGAGCUGCAUAAAAUGCUGAAGAGACAGGUAUUUUGGGAAUCAAAGAAUCCAAAAAGAAAAAAUGAGUCCUAUUUGGAGAGCGCUUAUAACAGAAGAGAAAGUUUUGACCCACUGUUGUGGGGGCCACGUAAUCCUCCAUUGCUCAGUGAAUGCUGCUUUGAAAACUAAAUGGUUGAACAUUUGCGUUUUCCCCCCCACCUCCCCCAUUUACUUCAAUUAUAUAAAUGAGAAUACUUAGGAAAUAGAAAUAGGCUACAGCCCAGAGAUCUAUAUGUUUUUUUUUAAUUGAAGAAAAGACAUUAUUGGUCCAAUUUAUCAGCCUGGAAUGUGUAUGGAGCCAGCUGUUAUGCAAUUCAAAACUAAUUUUUAUGUUUGCACAGUAUUACACACCAGUUGCUGGGACAGGGAUCGUACUUGCACAAUUUACUAUCUUAUGUACAACAGCCGUACGGCCAGGAAAGGGAGUGACCUUAAUGAAACUCGCUGCUUAUAGAAUCGUGAUCAAACAUGUUCUGUAGACAUUUUCUCGUAUAGUUCAUGAAAUCAUCUGGAGUAAACUUUAAACAAUGUAUUUCUGAGAUUGCUUUCACUGUAUGGUGUAUCUUUGGCAAAUCAUUCAAUUAUCAACUCCAACAUUGGCUGAUUAAUUGAUGUUAAUUUAAUAAAGUAUGCGCAUAUGAUCUGUAUGUCAAACAGCUGCAGUAAAUAUUCAAACACAAAUAUACCAACAUCGAGAAUAAAACUCAUGUUCAUAUGCAAAA